AUGCCCGAUGACUCCGCCAGCCAACCCGUUCUGUACGCUCUUGAUUCCGAGGGGGUCGCCACCCUGACCCUGAACAACCCGGAGCGGCGCAACGCGCUGUCGUCGCCGACGCUGGAAGCAUUGGAAGGCUUGCUGGCGCAGAUGGCCGGCGACCCGGCGGUGCGUGUCGUGGUACUGCGCUCGGAAGGGCCGGUGUUCAGCUCGGGACACGACCUGAAUGAGCUCGUCGACGGCGACGCCGAUGACUACACCCCGGUGUUUGAAGCCUGCGCCCGGGUGAUGGAGGGGAUCCGGCUGCUUCCCAAACCGGUGAUCGCGCAGGUGCAGGGUCUGGCCACGGCGGCCGGAUGCCAACUGGUGGCGACCUGCGACAUCGCGGUGGCAGCUGACACGGCGGCGUUUGCCACGCCGGGCGUGCAGAUCGGCCUGUUCUGCACCACGCCGGGAGUUGCGGUGGCGCGGUCGGUGAUGCCGAAAAAGGCGAUGGAGAUGCUGCUGACGGGGCGUCCGAUUUCGGCGCAGGAAGCGUUGGAGUUCGGACUCAUCAGCAGGAUUGCGCCAGCGGACCAGUUGGGAGAACAAGUUACGGAGUUGGCGCAGCAAAUAGCGUCGGCCAGCGCGCACACAUUGGCGUUGGGCAAGUCGGCGUUUUACCAGCAGAUUGAAAUGGACCGGCCAUCCGCGUACCAGUUUGCCAGCAAGGUCAUGGUGGACAACCUGCUUGCGGACGAUGCCAAAGAGGGCAUUUCGGCGUUCCUGGAAAAGCGGCAACCGGUGUGGACGACCUGA